UAAGCAUCGCAACAUUUCCUGUAUUCGUUCAGUUCUAUCUGUAACUAGUUCCUAAUCGUGACCGAAAAGGAAGUGAUCGAAAUAUUAUCGGAAAAUAUUCAAUCAACAAGAGUACUACACACGUGACUCUUUAAAUAGAGAUGCUUGGAAGAAAAGUGUUAUGGCUGUUGUGGUUUCUUCUCGUUGGCAGGACCUUCAAUCUAGGAAAUGCUGCCAUUGAUGUGAAUUCCCCAAAUGAUACAACGGCAAAGAUAAAUCGGUCAAGGAAUUCGGAUCAAGACAAGAAGAAUUCUUUGGAUUUGACGAGCUCAGAAUCUUCGUAUAACAGCUUUUAUGGAUAUUCUUUCCAAAAUUUUUUUCCCGCCAGUUGGAUGUUCAACACAUUCUCGACGUCACCUAGCGUAAUUCCUAUUUUACCUUUACCGCAACGAAUGACCUGCGGUGAUACGUUCAAUGGACAAUGUCAGAAAAGUAGAUAUCGUAGUUUUGAUGGUACUUGCAACAAUUUAUACAAUCCUACAUGGGGUGCAGCCAAUACACGAUACGGACGUCUUCUUCUACCCAAUUAUGCGGACGGAAUCCAAACACCAACAGGAUCAAUUACAGGAAGCGAAUUACCUCUAUCACGGUUGGUCAGUUUUACACUCUUUCCUAGUGUCACUAUCAAGGAUAAUAAGUUAACAUUGGCUGCUAUGCAAUGGGGUCAGAUUAUAACCCACGAUAUGGCUUUGAUCGCUGGAACUACGCAAUCAAAUCCUCAUAGCACUCAAUGUUGCACGCCAGAUGGUCAUUUGUUGGAUACACUAUCUCACGAUUCCAAGUGCUAUCCUAUCGUUAUACCUUACAACGAUCCAGUUUACAGCAAAUCCAACAUUCAAUGUGUAAACUUCGUUCGUAGCAUUACUGAUCUUGACCGUGGAUGCAAGCUAAGAUACAGUCCCGCUGCCGAACAGUUAACAGUCGUUACACAUUAUCUGGAUCUUUCGAUCGUUUAUGGAUCAAACGAGCAAGUUGCAAACAAUUUACGGGCUUAUAUCGCUGGACGAAUGCGCGUAGAUAUACGUAGUAACAGGGAAUGGCCACCAGCUGCUACAAACAAGUCAAAUACUUGUAAUCUCUCUAAUGCAGACGAAGUUUGUUAUCAAGCUGGUGAUACUCGUGUGAAUCAAAAUACUCAACUAACAGUACUGCAAAUCUUAUUGCUCAGAGAACACAAUCGUAUAGCUGGUAUACUCGCAAAUUUAAAUCCACAUUGGUCAGACGAAACAAUUUAUCAAGAGACUAGGCGUAUUGUUAUCGCGGAACAUCAACAUAUAUCAUAUUACGAAUGGCUACCAUUAUUCCUUGGUAUCAGGCAGACAUAUGAUAAUAAGAUUCUUUACGAUACCCACGAUUAUGUGAACGAUUACGAUUUCCGUAUUGAUCCAAGUGUUCUUAAUGAGCAUUCCACUGCUGCAUUCAGAUAUUUCCAUUCUCUUAUUGCAGGCUAUCUCCAGUUGAUAAAUGAGGAAAGAAAAUCAGUUCCAUUCCCAUUAAGACUCAGUGACUAUUUAAAUAAACCAAGCAUUAUUGAAAAAAAUGAUAACAUGGAUGAACUUACCAGAGGUUUAUCUUAUCAAGCACAAUUGGCCAGUGAUCAAUUUUUCGACGAAGAAAUAACAUUAUACCUGUUCAAAGGUAAUAAACCAUUAGGCGAGGAUUUACGAGCCAUAGACAUACAAAGAAAUCGUGAUCAUGGACUCGCAUCAUAUAAUGAUUUUCGAGAAUAUUGUAAUUUGGGAAGAGCCAAAGAAUGGAACGAUUUUAGCGACUAUAUAUCUUAUGAUAAUAUUCAAAAAUUGGCGAGUCUCUAUGCUCACCCUGAUGACGUAGAUUUGACUGUUGGCGGAUCUUUGGAAGAACACGUGCCAGGAACUCUUUCUGGGCCUACCUUCCUUUCUAUUCUUCUUGAACAAUUCUAUCGAACACGAGUUGGCGAUCGAUUCUGGUACGAAAGUGGCGAUCCUGAUGUGGCAUUUACCAAAGAACAAUUGAAAGAAAUACGAAAGGCUAGUAUAUCGAAGCUACUUUGUAACAAUGGUGAUAAUAUUCAGUUAAUGCAACGAAAAGGAUUCGAAGUAGUCUCCGACUUAAAUCCACUUGUUAAAUGCACAGAUCUUCCGGACAUAGAUCUAUCGUUAUGGAAAGAUUAUGGAUCUGAAGGGAAAAAUAUUUAUCAUUCUAUUUUCGAUUAUUAUACAAAUUUAAAAAAUGAGAUAAAAAGUAUAUUUUGAGUGAAAAUAUCUUUAUCAAAUGACCAAAUUUGUCUUUUUACUAAUUGUUAAGGUUCUGUUAUAGGUAUUGUUGUAUAUAAAAGAGUCUGCAUAAAUAUACAUACGUAUAUUGAAUAAAACUCUUAAAAUGAAUUUACUGGCAACUUCAUGUUCGAAAAAAGACAAAUAAUAUAUAGAAGGACAUAUGCGAUAUCUUAAUUAUUCUAGAUAAAAAUAAUCUAUGUUUCUAACAACAAUAAUUGCUUCGAAACUUGUGUAAAAGUUAUGAAUAUGCAAAAAAAAUAAAAAAAAAAAAACAGUAACUAUAUUAUUACAGUGAACUUUGUUGCACUAAGAAUCAGGUAACAUCAAACUUUACCAAGAAUAAAAAUAUAGAUUUCCAAAUAAAGUAGUUAGAUAUAUAAUAAAUAAAUCUAAUAGAAAAAAUUAUAGUAAAUAUUGCAAAUUUAUAUUUGCAACUCGAAAUAUUCAUAAAGGAAACGGAUAAAAUGAAAGUAGACGAACGAUAUUGGGAUAAAAUCCAGUUGUUGCUUUUUUUGUUUCUAUUAAUGUUAAUUAUUAUAUAUGUUUAUAUUAUUAUAUAUUAUUAAUAUAUGUGUAUAUAUAUGAAAUAGUAAUAAAUAAUAUAAAUUACGCAUAUGAAAACGUAUUAAAGUAUUCAACAUUGUCAUCCUUUCAUUAUACCAAUGGUGUAAAAAGAAAUUUCUUCUUAGUACGUUCAUAAUAAAACAUAAAACAAGAAACCUAGAAAAUAAUCGUAUAUUGGAAAUAAUAUUUAUAAUAUUCCUUGAAAAUACUCGAUGAGCAAGCUGUUUUAAUUACCAACUCUGAAAAUAACAAGAAAAUGGUAUUUCACUGAACACAAAGUUCGUAAAGCACCCUAAAGCACGGAACGAUUCUCGUUGACCACAUUGGAACGUAAUUUACUGAACCUAAAGCGUGAUUUUUGUGAAACGGAGCAGCAACAUGAAAGAACAAAAAUAUAAACUUUUUGCAAUUAUUUUAUCCUGCGUACUUUGUACCAAUAUUUGUGCCGGUGCCAGUGUCGCUAGAAUGAGCUCGGAUGAUAGCAUCGCUGUUCGUCAGGAUAAUCUCGUGGUUCAGGAUCUAUUAAAAUUAAUAUUAGUACUAAAUAAUAUUCCAUUGAUAGGCUCUCGAUUGAUGGCUAUACCUGCACUAUUCAUCAAUUACAUCGCAAGAUUCGAAAUGAUGACCAACAAUAUCCUGGACAAAAUUUUACGUAAAUCCUUACCAUGUACCAUAACGAUCAAUGAAAUCGUGUGUGAAGGGAUACCAAAAAAUGGUGGUUUGAUAUCUAUUAUCAGAGAAGCAAUUGACACAAUGCCCAAUACUAGACUAUUUAACAUCAUAAAACAAGUUGUAGAUUUGGUACUAUGUUUUUAUACAAUUAAUGCGUAGCAACUUUCUUAAAUUGAUUAUAAGUUAAUUGCUGGUGUCAUCAGAUAUUUAUCUAUAAUUUGUCAUUUUCUUCUUUUUUAUAUUUGUUAUAGACGACAUUAGCACUUGAGGUUCUGUCUCUGCAGGGAUAUCAUUAAAUUCGAGCAUAUCUUCGUAAAAAAAUCAACAAAAAACUGUAUUAACUAUUAAUCUUGUUUGUUUGUUCCAAAUAUGUAAGCUAAUUUAUAUAUAUGCAUUUUUAGUAUUACAUCAUUAAAAAUAGAUAAAAAUAAAGGCACAGGUAUUUUUUUGAUAAAACAA